CCAUCAGCUUUUUCUGUAGUUCUAUUUUGUCCACACGUGUGUUACUGUGUCGUGUAGUUUAUCACAUUUUAGCCAUUACGAGCCAUCUUAAACAUUUUUCGAGCUUGAAAUGUCAACAUAAAAGAACAUUUCACCUGUGAACCAAGAGUGUCUUGGGGGACCAUGGCUGACCCCUUCAGCACCAGCUCUGAGGACGUGAUCCAGCGCCUUAUAGACGUGCCUCUGAACAUCGCCACUUCUCCGGACAAACUACGAGAGUUUUAUCAAAUCAGUGAGACGUGUGACUUCAUUAUCAAGCACAGCUAUAAAAAGGUUGCCCUCCAGUUUCCUGAUAAUUUAUUGGUGGAUUCAGUUGCUGUUGCAGCUGAUAUUGAGAGAAACACCAAAGCCAAGGUCUACAUUUUGGGAGACACAUCCUAUGGCAGCUGCUGUGUGGAUGAGGUUGCUGCAGAACACGUAGCUGCAGACUGCAUAGUUCACUAUGGCAGCUCGUGUCUCAGUCCAUCCAAAAGGCUUCCACUGAUGUAUGUCUUUGAGAAACGACCCAUCAACGUGGAAAAGUGUGUGACCGUGUUUAAAGAGCUCUACCCCGAUUCACAAAGUCACAUCAUCCUCCUGUAUGACGUCAACUAUGUCCAUGCCAUUGGUGAUCUUCGGACAGCCCUAGAAACAGAAUACCCAAACCUCAUCAUCUCUGAGCUGGUGUGUGAGGGGGAGACGUGCUACAGCCACACCCAUGUUAAAUGCAGAGAAAGUAUUUCUUCUGACCAAGAAAACAACCAGUUUGUUUAUAAGUUUGGAAGACUAUUUUCCCUAAAAAGUGAACUAAGCGUCAAGGAGUACAGUAUAUUCUACAUUGGCCAGGAGGGGGCAACACUGACAAACUUCAUGAUGACUUGGAAUAGGUGCACAUUUUGCUCCUUUGACCCCAGCACUGGCACAGGAAGGACAGAAUCAGUCAAAAUUAACCGCGCUUUGAUGAAGAGAUAUUAUGCUAUAGAAAGAGCCAAAGAUGCUGGAGUAGUUGGUAUACUAGUUGGGACAUUAGGAGUGGCGGACUACCUGUCUAUAAUACCCCAGCUAAAAGAAGCUAUCCACAAAGCAGGGAAGAAAUGCUAUAUGUUUGCAAUGGGGAAGCUCAACGUUCCAAAACUAGCAAACUUUCUGGAAAUAGACAUUUUUGUGUUGAUUGCAUGUCCUGAAAACUCCUUGCUGGAUUCGAGUGAGUUUUAUAAACCCAUAGUAACACCUUUUGAGAUGGAGGUGGCCUGUAAUCCAAAGAGGGAAUGGUCUGAAGAGUAUGUGACUGACUUCAGACAUCUGCUGCCAGGAGGACAAAGCCAUGUUCCUUUGGCUGAGCUGCAGGAUUUCUCUGAAGCAGAUGUUUCCUUGAUUUCUGGUGAUUUGAGACAACAGUGUUUAGACCCUGAAUCGGACCAGGCAUCAGAAAGCUCCUCUUUGGUCCUCAGGAAUCAGACCAUGACAGUAGCCAACACAAACUCUGCAGCAUCCUUUUUGUCUGGGCGCAGCUGGCAGGGUUUGGAGAAGAAGUUAGGAGAGACACCAGUGGUAAAAGCAGUGGAAGGGAGGAGAGGGAUUGCAAUCGCCUAUGAGGAAGAGGGGACAUCUUAAGUCCUCUGUUCUGGUCCAACAUCACUACUUUGCCUAAACAAAUAAUGCACAUGCACUGUUUAGCACAGAUAUAUAAUUUAUUGUCAAUACAAAUAGUCAAGUUUGAGUGUGUACAUGUAUUCACACAAGAUUUUAUUAAAGCAUAUUCACUAAAUGUA